UGAAAAUGACAUUAACAAAGAUGGCGCUGGGAGACAGGGAAAAGUGAUGAAAGAAUAGAACAACAAACGGCGCAACUGCAUGCAAAACGUGCGUUUAUUUACCUUUUCCAGCCGAAUCCCAUCACACACGUGUCUUAUCGCCGCGCAGCAGACAGGCGACGGCGCUGAUAAGGCUUGUCGAGGCACAUUAUCCUGCCAGCCGUCCGCCAAGUAGCAGCUAAAGCGGCUAACGCCAACUGCGGAAGGAAAGAGGAGACGAGAAGAAGAGCCGCAGGACAAGUAAACACACUUUAACCAGCCUUGACAGUCGUCUUCUGGAGAAGUGUUGUCACUCCUUUUGUUAAGGAGAGCUGAAGAGACAAGGAUCUUUGCUUAUUUGACGCCAUGGCUCUAUCCCCUGUUCAGAUAGGACUGACGGGGAUUCAGAAUUUCACUGCUGAUCCAGAGGAGCUUUUCGUUAAGUUGGAAAGAAUAGGGAAAGGCUCUUUCGGGGAAGUCUUCAAAGGCAUCGACAAUCGGACUCAGAAAGUUGUGGCCAUUAAAAUUAUUGAUCUGGAGGAGGCUGAGGAUGAAAUAGAAGACAUUCAACAGGAAAUCACAGUUCUAAGCCAGUGUGACAGUCCAUUUAUCACCAAGUACCAUGGAUCUUAUCUCAAGGGUACAAAGUUAUGGAUUAUUAUGGAAUAUUUGGGUGGAGGAUCCGCUCUUGAUUUGCUGGAGCCAGGCGGCCUGGAUGAGAUGCAGAUUGCCACAAUCCUGAGGGAAAUCUUGAAAGGCCUCGAAUAUCUCCACUCUGAAAAGAAGAUACACAGAGAUAUCAAAGCUGCCAAUGUGUUGCUGUCAGAACAAGGUGACGUGAAGCUCGCAGACUUCGGCGUGGCGGGCCAGUUGACGGACACGCAGAUAAAAAGGAACACUUUUGUUGGAACGCCUUUCUGGAUGGCACCUGAGGUCAUAAAGCAGUCCGCUUACGACUCAAAGGCAGACAUCUGGUCAUUAGGAAUAACUGCGAUAGAGCUGGCUAAAGGAGAGCCGCCACACUCUGAACUUCAUCCCAUGAAAGCCUUAUUCCUCAUCCCAAAGAACAAUCCACCGACACUGGAAGGAAGCUACAGUAAACCCCUUAAAGAGUUUGUUGAAGCCUGUUUAAACAAAGAGCCUAGUUUUAGGCCGACUGCCAAAGAGUUGUUAAAGCAUAGAUAUAUUGUCAGGCAUGCCAAAAAGACGACCUAUCUGUCGGAACUGAUUGACAGGUACAAGAGAUGGAAGUCGUCGCAGUCACGGGAGUUGAGCUCCGAUGAAUCCGAUGAGGAGCCGGAUGGUCAGGCAUCUGGGGGGAACGGCGCUAGCGAUGACUGGAUAUUCAACACCAUGAAGGAGAAGGACCUGAAGCAGAUGAUGGAGGUGGUUCAGAACGGGGCAGCACAACCUGCUGAAUUAGAAAGGGAGGAGGUGCAGGAGAGUCCAAAGAGGCCUUUGUCAGAAAGCUUAGCAACUAUAUUCUCUCCACUGUUCUCUGAGCUGAAAGAAAAGAACAAGACGAUUAACGGCAAGCCAGAAGCUGCGGAGAAGCUGAGGGACGCCAUUUUCAACGCAGAGGAGACUCACCCAGGGAUCUGUGACUCUUUGGUGGCUGAACUUCUGCAGAGACUCAAGAGGUUUUCGGUGCCGCAUGCAGCCGCUCACUGAGAGGUGCUUCGUCCGACUCUCUUCUACUUCUCCACCCUGGUGACAGCCGUCAGAUCUUUUCCUCUGACCUCUGCAGCUCAGAUGAAGUCUCCCAGGAAGGUCUCCAUCCCUCGUUUGCCUGAAGCAAGUGCUGGCCUACUUACUGUCACUUUAACGAUAGCACAGCAGCUGCCACCUGCCUAUGAUGUCCUUUCUCAGUCUCAGUACCUGCUUCUUAGUGUUUUUUUGUUUAAGUGGGGUUGGAUAUAUUUCUAGAAGGAUUUUUUUUUUUUGCUGAAUAUGUCUUUUUCAUAAAGAUUCACACUCGGCAUCCUUUUGGAGAAACAACAAAUUGAAUUGAUUGUGUGUGUGUGGCUGCGCGAGAUACCCAGUACCGCGUUGAGAAGUGGGCAUUUUUGGAGUGGCGAGUGGGUUGAGACAUUGUUUUGAAAACUCAGGUAUCCUUCUUUACGUUAAUUGAUUCUCUCGGAGACGGACGGAGCUCCUACAGGGUGGUUGUACAGACUUGUAAAUAAUGUCAUUUCUACAGAUUCGUGGAGACAUAAUGAAGCGAUUGAGAACCACUGUGUACACACGGACGAAUGCAGACUGUAGAUAAUUGUUGUUGGGUAAAUAUUUUACGACUAAAGGGGCCACCAAUGAGAUUGCCUUUUUUUCGUCCUUGUUCUUUUGUAUAUGAGACUUCUGAUUUUUUUCCUUUUGCAGUUGUAAAGUUUUUAAAUGCUCAUCCCGUGAAUGAAAAUUGCUGCCCUCUUAUUCUCAUUAUUGAUUUGCUAGAUGAUCAUUUUUUGUAACUUUUCGGAUUUACACUCUUUGCUGUGAGAGUUGUUUGUUUUUUUUGUUUUUUUUUU